AUUCCGGAACUAAACGCCUGUGUCAGCUGGAUGUGGAAGGUUCGAGAAUGCUAAACGCGUGAAGGAGGCGUGGUGGCGGAUUUUAUAGAGACCGGAGGCCCUGUGUUUGAGGGGACUGCUGGGAGCAGUACAGGCUGCUGGAGGAUCCUGGAGUGAAAAUAUACUGGAUUAUUUUCUCAGAAACAAUCAGAUCACAACAAAAGAUGGCGCUGAGAUCGUCUGGUGUCACGCAGCCAACCACAAGUCCCAGAUGCAUGAGGCAUUGAGGAGUGCUGCCCACAUGAUAGAGGCUGAUGUCCUUCUUCCUAGUGAUGGAUCAGAGCAUGGCCAGCCAAUCAUGGCCCAUCCUCCUGAGACAUACAGUGAUAACACUCUGCAGGAGUGGCUGGCUGAGGUCAUCAAGAGCAACAAGGGCAUCAAGCUUGAUUUCAAGAGUCUGACAGCCGUCAGAGCGUCCAUGCUGAUCCUGGAGAAUGUGAAGCAUCUCCUUCAGCGUCCCGUGUGGAUUAAUGCAGAUAUUCUUCCUGGGCCAAAUGGAAGCAGCAAAGUCGUGGAUGCCAAAGCCUUUCUAGACACCGUGACGUCUUCCUUUCCAGAUGUGACCUUCUCUUUGGGUUGGACAACAGGCUGGCAUCCUGAGAAAGUCAAUGAAGGCUACAGCUGGACAAUGGUGAAAGAGAUGGCCUACAUAUGCCGUGGACUGACCCAGCCUGUCACGUUUCCUGUCAGGGCAGCUUUGGUCCGGCAGUCUUGUUCUCAGUUGCUGUGGCUGUUGAAGAAAUCAAACAGGUACAGCCUGACUGUUUGGACUGGAAAAGAUGACAAUUAUUCCACUGAAGAUUUACUUUAUAUUCGAGACUACUUUAAUAAAGCCCAAGUUUUCUAUGAUAUUUUGGAUCCACAAAACCAGGAAUUUAAACAAGCCAUUGGGAUCCGAGUCCCUCUUUAAGAAUACAAGAAUUUACUUCUUGUAAAUCAUUUUCUCUUUUGGCUUCAUCGUCCUUCUCUGCUUUGUCAAAAGUAAUUACUGUAUUGUGAUUAUUGGUUUGUGCUAAAUUUAUCCAAUCAAAAUGUUUAUUGUGUACUUACUCUACCUUUAUAAUGUCAUAGGGCUGUGCAUAUGAAAGAUUUCCCAACUGCAGUAAAACUGUUUUAAAAUUAUAGCAAAAAAUGUCCAAGCUGAGUGUGGUAGAACAUGCUUUUAACCCUAGGACUUGGGGGACUGAGGCAGGAAAAUCAAGAGUUCAAGGCCAGCCUGGACAACAUUGUGAUACCCUAUCUCAAAAACAAUUUUUAUAAAUUCUCCGUAAUCACCAGACAGUAAUUUUGUAAAAUAAAAUUAAAUUAAUGAA